AUGGAGGCGAAACGCGAAGAGGGAGCGCUCGCGAGGUUCGCCAAGGGAUUUCGCGCGUUUGUUACCAGCAACUUUCUCCUCGUUGCCAUCAGCACGGGAAUCGCGCUGGCAGUACUGAAUCCUGCUCCGGGCAUCUACGCCCAGUCAAAAAUCGGCCUCGCCCGCUACUGCACGUUUGGCAUCUUCUUUGUCUCCGGCAUUGCGUUGGACCUGGAGGAGCUCCGCAGAGCAGCCAGCUCGUGGCCUGCCUUCCUCUACGGCUCGGUGUGUCCCCCCUCUCUGAGCCGCCUAUCAGCCGCCUAUGGGCCUAUCUCAUGUUUUUUAGGCGCCUCAAAAAGGACCAGCCAGCUCGUGGCCCGCCUACCUCUACGGCUCGCUAUCCACUCUCGCCAUAACGCCCCUCAUGGCUCUGCUCGUGCUGCGCCUGCCGCUGCUGCCCCUGCUGCACUUCCCCCUUCACACACUCUCUAUCCCUCAUCCCUAUCACUUCCCCCUCCUCACCCCGCCCUCCCUGCAGCUAUCCACGCUCGCCAUAACGCCCCUCAUGGCCCUGCUCGUGCUGCGCCUGCCGCUGCUGCCACGGGAGCUACCCACAGGUGUGCAGUGCGGUUCCGCUUGCUUCUUGUUUCUGCUGCAUGCCUGCAACCAACCAACCUUGCCCCCUCCUCCCUUCCCUGCCUUGCGAUCUCCCUGUCCCGCGCUCUUCUGCUGCAUGCCGGCCAGCAUCACAGCAGGCAUCCCUUCCUUCCCAUCCCCAACUUACGCUCUCCUACUUUGCUCUCCCCUUUUUUACCGUCACUCCUCUCCUCAUCCCCACAGGUCUCGCGCUCUUCUGCUGCAUGCCUGCCACCAUCACCGCAGGCAUCUCUCUUGCACGGAAACACCCUGGCCCCCUCUUUAUCCGUCCCUCCCUCUCGUCCUCCCUUCAAAGAAUCAGCUCUCUGCCCCCAACUGCAACACCCCAACGCCCUUCCUGCUCCCUCCCCCUUCCCCUUCCCCGCGCUUUCCCGUCCUGCUCGUUCCAGCCAGUGGGAGCGUGGCAAUGCCUCUACUCCUAUCAAGGCUCGUUCCAGCAAGUGGGGGCGUGUCAGUACCAGCAGGGCCACUGUUACGCGGGCUGGUUACCACUCUCCUCGUUCCUCUCUUCAUUGGCAUGCUGUUGCCACGUGGGCUGAUCAGUGCAAGCAGCAGCUCUCGAUGGCCAACAACGCCAUGCUCUCAUUCGUACCCUGGAUGCAAGUCAGUUCCGCCCGGGCGGCGAUUCUUCGUCUCGACAUGACACAACUGCUACCCAUUGCCGCCGCUGGCAUAGCCGUCCAUCUGUCCUUCCUGGCUUUAAACAUGGGAGUGAUGGCGGCUCUGAGGCGAAUCACCCCUCCCCUUCCCCUUCAAGAGGCCAACGCUGUCGAUAGAGCCGUCAUUAUCCUCUCCAGUCAGAAAACCCUUCCAGUGGCUGCAACAGUGGUGGAGAAGAUUGGAACACUUAUGGGCGAGCCAGCAUUGGUCCUUCUGCCAUGCAUCCUCACCCAUUUUCUCCAGGCGUACAAGAACGACCCCGCCGUCCCCGCGCCGCUGCUGCGUCUGCACUUCCACGACUGCUUCGUCCAGGGUUGCGACGCGUCCGUGCUGCUCGACUCGACGGAAGACAACAAGGCGGAGAAGGAUUCGGAUCCCAACGCCACUCUCGGCGCGUUCGACGUGGUCGACGACAUCAAGGACCAUCUUGAGGCGGAAUGCCCCGGCGUCGUGUCUUGCGCCGACAUUCUCGCUCUCGCCGCUCGCGAGGGCAUUCACCUGGCCGGCGGUCCCUUCACGGAGGUGCCUCUGGGCCGUCGCGACGGGCUGACGUCAUUCGCGCUCGCGGCGGAGACGUUCCUCCCGGGCUCCACGCUCAACGUCUCUGGCCUCGUCCAUAACUUCAACACCGUCGGCCUCGAUAUGACCGACGUUGUGACUCUUAGCGGAGCUCACACUAUCGGGGAGGGCCGCUGCGUGAGCCUGAAGAAUCGCCUGGAGCAGGACGACCCCACGAUGGACCCCGAAUUCGCGGCGUACGUGAAGCAGAAGUGCGGCACGAGCAACAUCGACCCCAAGGCCAUGAUUGAGAAUGACUAUGCUUCGCCAAACAAGUUUGACAACCAGCAUCAAACCAACCUUGUCACACACCCUUUCUUAGCCCCUUCAAUACAACAUCGCACGAUUUUCGUUCGCUUCUACGUCUCUCCGCCUCCGCAGUACUACAAGAACCUCCUCGCGCACAAGGGCCUGUUCACGACCGACCAGGCUCUCAUUUACGACGACAAGACGGAGAAGGCAGUGAAGGCCUUCGCGCACGCCAAGAGCGUGUGGUUCGACGCGUUCCCCAAGUCGCUCGUGAAGAUGGGUGUCAUUUCGCCGCUCACCGGCACGCAGGGCGAGGUGCGCCUCAACUGCCAUGUGCGCAACACCUACUAG